AGACAGGAAAACACAACAGUACGAGUUCCGCCUGUCAGUCCGAGCCGCAGUGACGGGAACACAGGGCAGUGCCUUGUUUUGACGUGACAGCUUUUGGAAAAAAAAAAUUUCCCCCGCCGAAACGUGAACUUUCGCGUUUUAUUUCCUCUUAAUUCGUGUUUUAAAUAUGUAUAUAUCGGGGUCCGGGUAGUUUCACGUGUCCACGCCACUGACAUGGAGGGCGACGUGUGAAUCGGAGGCUGGUGAAAAGGCACCGAGGCAGAAUGUUGUUUUGUUCACCAUCCAGUUAGCGAUCGGAGGAUUAAGGAUUAAGGAUCCCAGUUAGGAUCAGGGAUUUGACCGGAUAUCUUGCAGUGAUCUGGAGGGACUUGGGCGGCGUCGGAGUGGCGUAAUCCUGUAAAUACCACACAUCAGGGGUAGCUUUCACUUCCCGGGGCAUCAUGCCCGGUAUGGUGGUGUUUGGGCGGCGAUGGGGCAUCGCAAGUGAUGAUCUCGUCCUGCCUGGAGCUGUUGAGCUAUUUAUUAGGCUUAUAUGGUGGAUUGCGACCGUGGCUUUGUACAUCACCCGAAAAGGAAGGUUCGAUUGCAACGGAGGUGCUGUUCUUCACACCUACAUCGUGGUCCUCCUCGUAAUGCUCGCAAUCAUCAUCCUGACCUUAUGUGCAGUUGUUUACAUCAGUGCUCAGGGAACCAUAAUGAACCCAGGUCCUCGCCGCUCGAUGCCGCUCCUGGUGUACAUCCGCGGGAUCCUGUUCCUCCCCGAAUUCGUGUGGGCGUGCCUGGGAGCCGUGUGGGUGUCUAGUUACAGUAAAGGAUGCGAACCGGCGGAAAUCGGGCUCGUCGUUGGCGCCGUGAUCGCCAGCUGGAUCAUCUUUCUCUCCAUGGUGGUGGGAGUGCUGAUCGUGUUCGAUCCCCUGGGCAGCCUCCGGCAUCCGUCGCUGAGGGCUGAGCUGCAGUCGGGAACGCGGAAUCUGGAAAGCAACGAGUCCUCGCAGCUCUUUUACACGGCGCGCUCGCUGGCCAGACGCGUCUGGGAGAGUCGGCUGCGUCUGCUGUGCUGCUGCGUGCCUCAGGACGACAACCACAGAGCGGCCUUCUCCAGCAUCUCCCAGCUUUUUAGCGACUUCUUCUCGGAUACCGAUCUGGUGCCCAGCGACAUUGCUGCAGGUCUGGCGCUUCUACAUCAGGAGCAGGAUAAAGUGCAGCAGUGCAAAGACCCUGAAGAUGUUAUUACUCACAGUCCAUCAUCUCCCAUUAGAGAAGACCUGGAAACUGAGCUUGAGAAAGCAGCACAUUACAUGCAGUUUGCUGUAGCUGCUUACGGCUGGCCCAUUUAUGUCUAUUUAAAUCCUCUGACUGGAUUCUGCAAGCUGAGUGGCGACUGCUGUCGUAGCCAUGACGUGACUGAGUACGAUCUGGUUGGAGGCGACAACACCGGCUGCCAUUUCAGCUCCAUCUUACACAUGACGGAACUACAGUACCGAGACUUCAUUCAUGUCAGCUAUCAUAAUCAGAUAUACGAGAUCCCGUUCUUUGUGGCUCUGGAUCAUAAAAGGGAGGCCGUGCUGGUUGCCGUGAGAGGAACACUAUCACUAAAGGAUGCGCUGACCGACCUCUCUGCCGAGUGCGAGAACUUGACGGUGGACGGUGUGUCGGGCGCCAGUUAUGCACACAAGGGCAUAUCUCAAGCAGCUUGGUAUAUCUACAAGAAGCUUGUCAACGAUGGCAUCUUGAGACAGGCUUUCAACAUUGCACCGGAGUACAAGUUGGUCAUUGCAGGUCACAGCCUCGGUGCAGGAGCAGCGGCGAUCCUGGCUGUGCUCCUCCGCAGUUCUUACCCCACCCUCCAGUGCUAUGCUUUCUCACCACCAGGGGGCCUCAUGAGUAAAGCGCUUGCUGAAUACUCCAAACAGUUCGUGGUCUCGGUGGUUUUGGGAAAAGAUCUGGUUCCCAGAUUGAGUAUUCCAAACAUGGAGGAUUUGAAGCGGAGGCUAUUAAAGAUGGUCUCUAAUUGCAAUAAACCGAAGUACAAAAUCCUCCUGCACGGCUGCUGGUACGAGGUGUUCGGCGGAACCCCGGACGAUUUUCCGACAGAAAUGGAUAACAGGCGAGAGGAGCAGCUGACUCGGCCUUUGCUCGGUGAGGAGAGCCUGUUGGUACAUGGUUCCACCUCCUACCAGAGCCUGUCUUCUGACGACUCCCCCACACACACCACCCACCUGCCGCUCUACCUGCCCGGCCAAGUCCUGUAUAUCACAGAGGAGGGACCUUCACGCAGGCUGUGCUUCUCUCAGGUGCGCUACCGGGCAGAGUGGUCGAGCACGACGGCGUUCGACAGCGUGCUGAUCAGCCCUCACAUGCUCGUCGAUCACAUGCCAGACGUGGUCCACAAGGCGCUGCUCAGCCUCACCAAAGAGCGACAGUCUUCCCUCUGCCCAUCUUCUGCCAGCAACGCUCACCUGAACGUCAUCUGAGCUCGUACUGCCUCCGGCUCAGGUCCCGAAAUUUUGAGGCAGUGAACACACAAGACGGCUAGAGGGAGCUACGCCGUUUAAGACUCUGCUGCCUCCGCCUCAAACAUUUGAGAGCUUUUUUUUUUUUUUCGGCUCUUUCGAUUUUAUCGCUCUUGUUUGCCAUUUCAGUGUUAAAGUAAUACAUCACAUGCAACGUCUUAGCGUCCAUGUCUAGUGUCUAUUUCUGGAAAUCGUAAAAAAAUUUGUUGAAAGCUCACCAUAGACUACAAAUACGUGUCAGUGAACGACAGUUGGGUAGCAGUAGUGCCUAUUUUGUGCUUGGUUUUUAAAAAUUGCUGAAUAUGCUGAAUUUUGGUUCGCGAUCAGAGCAGCACAACGCAUUUCUCACGCAACUCCGGAUUCGAUGUGUGCGUUUGCAUGAACUAUUAAAUGUGCGCUCGUUUUUUGCAUUUGCCCACAAACUUUCUGGCCAUGACAUUUUUUUCAUAAUUAAUAAAUGUUGAUGAGAAUCA